CAAUCAAUCAUCUUCCAAUUCUUUUUCCUCAUCCGACAGGAUCUCGGCACUGCCUGCCAAGCCCUCUUGCGCUCUCCCGGCGCUUCCUCCUCCUCUCAACUUGCCGAUAUUUCGUCACGGUUGGCUGCCCUUCAAGCUGUCCUGCAGGCGUGUGCUCGUGGCGUCGAAGCCUGUGCCUCAGCAGCGGGUCAUCUUUCCAACGUCUACCUGAUUGAGUUGGACCAGGCACUCCGUACCGCCAGAACCGGCCGCCUUCGUGCCAUAGCCAGCAACACUGCCACCACUUCAAUGUCCGACGAAAUAAUUGGGUCUGUUGGAUUGUCGCCUAGGCAGCGAGAAUUUCAAGGUGCUCAGGAGAAGGUGAUGCUUGCGCUUAAGGGCAUCUUGGAAGAGACGCAGGUCCUGGUGAGCCACAACACUAAUUUUGCCACAAAUAGACCUGAAAUAUUAACGAACUCGACCCUGACCUGA